AUGUUGAGAAAAAGUAAAAGGGUAUGUUUUAGUCCUGAUGUCAAUGAGAAACCAACCAUUUUUCCAAAGGAUGGUUGUGGCAAAGUAUUAACAAAUAGGAAGAAGAUAAUUGAAACUUGGACAUUGAGAUUGCACAAAGACCCUAUUUUGUCACCUGUUAGAUUCCUAAUAAAGCUUGGAGCAAAGGUAGCAAGUUCUACAAGAGCUGUUUCUUCAACAAGGAGAUCCUGUGGGAAGGUUUCUUCAUCCACUUUGGUGAGGUCCCAUUCAUUAUCAAACCUCACUGAUUCACACCGUGCUAAAGCUGUAGAAGAUUGCAUUCAGUUUUUGCAUUCUUCUUCCUCUAGGGAGGCACCUAGUUGA